AUGGAACGUAACAAAGUUAUCGUAUGGACAACUUAUAUACAAGAUAAAUAUAAUCGAGCAUUUUUAAACGCUAUUCAAUCAUAUGAACCAAUUAUACGUUAUCACGGAAAACCAACAAGACUUUCUAGAAAACGAACUCCUAAUUUAACCCACACUAAACGCAUAAUAACACGUCAAAUAAUAAAUGGUGAUGGUAUAAUUAAUAAAGAUAGAGGAGCGAUAUGUACAUCUGGCUUUUGGGUGAUAGAUCUAAACAACACAGAUCAUAUUGUAACUGCUGGACAUUGUGCUCCUAUAAAUGCUGAGAGCAUUUAUUAUACAUUAUCGCGGAACUCGUCUGAACCUAAGGAUGAAAUUGGACCAAUGGUACAUAAUGAUGUACAUGGAACUGAUUUUGGCUUAAUCCAAAUUUGGGAGAAUUUUAUCGCUUCAACUAUGGAUUCCACUGGUGGUGAUAGUGGUUCGCCUGUAUUUUAUUCACAAAAAAUGCCUUUUGUGAGUCUACAAGGCAUACACGUAAUGGCUGAUUAUAGUGAGAGAUGGGGAAAAAUUGCUCUUACUCUAAAAACGAAAGAAAUUUUUGAAAAAUCUCAAAUACCGAUUAUUUUAGGUGAUUCUUAUAUAUAA